AGUUAUGUACACCGGUAUGUACAUGUAAACAUUACCACGUGUAUUUGUUUAUAAAAUUACACGUGUUUGAAAGUAUAUAAUAGGUUAAAUGUUUUUCAUUGGUCGAGUUAGAACUGACCAUAAUAUUUGAAUAAGGUCAUUUCAAAUAUUUCGUGCUAUACUUUUGGCGGUUUUGUAUAUUAAAGAUAUUGUCAUUCGAGGUUCGCUUUUGGUGCAGUAAAGUUGUAAGCUUGUGCUUAACCUGAGUAUGUCUGAGAAUAGAGAAGGAAGUCCAAUGUCCGAAGAUAUUUUUCGAGUUGGUAGAUGGACACAGAAUUCAGAUAUUUCGGAUGAACUUUCUACAUUGAAAGCUAGAUUACCAGAGUACUGCUUGAGCUCACGUUCUCUGAACACUCGUAAAAAGUACCAGUAUGCCUUUAAUGCUUUCUGUAAGUGGACUAAAAUACACAAUAUUACUCCUUUACCUUCAUCUGAUUAUACAGUUUCUCUAUAUUUGAUUCACAUUUCACAGAAUGCAAAAUCGACAAGCAAGAUAAAUGAAGUAAUAUACGCCAUUAGCUGGGCACAUAAAUUGGCUGGAUUUAAUAAUCCUUGUACAUCUGAAUUAGUAACGUUUGUAAACGAAGGAGCACAGAGAAAAUUGGGACAUUUUAUCACUAAGAAAGAUCCUAUUACACCAGACAUUUUACGAAAGAUUGUUCAUACUUAUGGUACUCUUAAUAGUAAUCUUAAAGACUUAAGAACUGUUUGUAUGUGUUUAUUAAGCUAUGCAAGUUUUUUAAGGUUUUCAGAACUAGUUAAUUUGAGAGGUAUCGAUAUAAAAAUGUAUUCUACACAUGCAAAUUUAUACUUGGUGAAGAGUAAAACUGAUAUUUACAGAGAAGGGAGGGAUGUGGUUAUUUCUAGAACUAAUCUUGUAACUUGUCCUGUCUCCAUGCUAGAACGAUAUCUCAAAUUAGCUAGUAUUACAUCAAAUUCUGAUGAAUUUAUUUUUAGAUCCGUUAAUUUUUGUAAGUCUGAUAAUUCUUAUAAACUUAGAAGUACAGGUCCGUUGUCAUACACGAGAGCUCGAGAAAUACUACUUUCAACUUUACAGAGUAUAGGCUUAGAUAGUAAAAAAUUUGGACUGCAUAGUCUCCGUUCAGGAGGGGCAUCGGCUGCUGCAGCGGCUGGUGUAGAGGACAGAUUGUUCAAAAAGCAUGGUCGGUGGAAAAGUGACACGGCCAAAGACGGUUAUGUUAAAGAGUCUUUGAAGGAUAGACUUUCUGUAACAAAUAAUAUUGGAAUUUAA